UUCCAACAUUUUUCUUAUAGUUUGGGAAGUUUAGUAUGAUUAUUUGUUCUCUUAAUAGAUCUUAGAUUCUUGAGUUCUUGAGUGAAUAGACUAGUGUUUUACUCUUCAUAUAUACCGCCGGUACUUCUGAGACGUUUCCAAAUGUGGGAUUAUUUCGGAUGAUUGAAAGUUAAUUAAGAUAUUCUAUAUCUUCAAUAUUCUAUAUCUCCAAUAUUCUAUAUCUUCAAUUCAUUCUUAAGAAAGUCGAGACUUAUUUUAUAUACAUUUCACCUACUUUUCAACCGUAUUCAAACAUACUUUACAACGCAAGCGCUCUUACCAUUACAAGGCAUCGUCAUAACACAAGCGCUUUCAUCAUAAUUCCUUCCAACAUCAUUUUCAUAUGAACUUCAUUUAAUACAUUAAUUUCUCUUUUCCCUUGCAAAUUUCAUCCUCAUUCAUCUCAUCUCGAACGAAUACGUUUUCACGAUAUGAUGGAAAAAUCAAAAGUUUCGGAUUCAGCAAUACCUGACUUACGACAAUUGGAUUGUGAGAAACUACCUACUUCUUUACGACAAUCAGAAUCUAAAAAACCACCUACUCCACUCAUUUGUCGAAAAGAUUCAACCUCAACUACUCAUAAAGGUUUAAUUACAUAUGAUGAUCUCCCAUCAUGGCAUCAAGAUAAUCCUUCAAUCUUUACCUCCUAUCGACCCAUCACUCACUCACUUCGAGAUUCUCUCAAAACCUUCUUCACACUCCAUAACGAAACUUUAAAUAUUCAUACUCACUCUAUUCCUUUUUUAAUAUGUUUCCUCCUCACCGGACUCAUUUUCUACAUCUUUUCAAUAUAUUUUCCUGAAAGUCCAUUGGUGGAUCGAUUUAUUUUUCUAUUUUUUUCUGACCACAAUGAUUUGUAUGGGGUUUAGUAUGGCUUAUCAUACUUUGAUGAAUCAUUCGAAAGGGGUGGCGGAGAUUUGGUUAAAGUUGGAUUUUUUGGGGAUCGUGGUUGCGACGUUGGGGGAUUUUGUGACGGGGAUUUAUGUGGCUUUUUAUUGUGAGUGGAAGUUACAGGUUGGAUAUUGGGUUAUGAUAAUAACUCUCACUUCCAUAACCCUCAUUCUUCUACUACAUCCACAUUUUCAAGGUCUUCGUUGGCGUACCUUUCGUGUAUGUAUUUUUAUAGGAACAGGAUGUUCGGCUUUCGCACCUAUUAUUCACGCCAUUGUUUAUUUUGGUUGGAAUCAAGUUGUUGUUGGAUCCGGUAUGCCUUGGUAUCUUGGAGAAGGAGGGUUUCUUGUUCUGGGGGCGAUGGUUUAUAGUUUACGUAUACCAGAAUGUUACUUCCCCGGUAAAUUCGAUAUAAUAGGUCAUUCACAUCAAAUUUUUCAUAUUUUAGUGGUGGCAGCAUCAAUAAUGCAUUUGGUGGGGUUAUUAAAAGCAUAUGAACAUGAGUAUUAUUAUCCGAGAUGUGCGAUGAGGUAAUUUGU